AUGUCGCUGCGUCGCGGCCGCUCUUCUUCCAGAGCCACUUGCAUAGCCAGCACUCCCGCACCAGCCCACAAGCGGCGCCGUCCCAACCAGGACCUUCGUGAGCGGCUCGCGCGAUGUGAGCAGCUCCUGAAGAAUUAUGUCGAUGGCGCUGCCGCUUCGGCCCAGGGCAAAGGCGCCCAACCGCCAAGUGUUCCUGCUGGCAAGGAUAGGGAGCCAGAGGCGGAGCCGGAGCCAGGGCCGCCAUUUUCCGAAACAACAGGUGAGGGAAACUCGAAUCUGAGAGCGCCCGGAAAGAUAAUCGAAGAAGGCGGUACUGUCCGCUUCCUUGAUAACUUUCUCUGGACAAGCUUUCACGAUGAGCUCCAAGCAAUCAAGGACAUCGUCACCACAGGCGACGAAUUGGAGCCGAGUAGCAUCGGAACUGAAGAUCUCUCGCCAGAGAACAACUCCGACCUCUUUCUCGUUUCUGACAAUAUGACUAGUGUCCAGGACUUGCAGCCAGAUCCAGCACAUGUCUUCAGGCUGUGGCAAUUAUUUCUUGACCGCGUCAAUCCGUUGACUAAGGUCGUCCAUGUCCCUACGCUACAGCCGUACGUUAUGGAAGCGGCUGCCAACGUGGGCAACGUGCCAGUAGCCUACCAGGCGCUUCUGUUCGCAGUGUACGGCAUGGCCGUCUUCUCGCUUUCCGAUGACGAGUGUCAUCGGAUGCUUGACACGUCUCGCGAGAAUGCGUUACAGAGAUUCAACAAGGGUACCAAGCUCUCCUUGGUGCGGCUCAACUUCUUGAAGAACCAUGAUAUGACGUCUUUGCAAGCGCUGGUUCUGUUCCUGUCAUCACUUCAAGGACGGAAUGAUCCCCACGCAGGGUGGAUUCUGAGCGGAACCAUCGUCCGUAUUGCCCAGAAGAUGGGCUAUCAUCGUGACGGAACUCACCUCGGCCUGAGCCCAUUCGAGACCGAAUUGCGUCGGCGCUUGUGGUGGUAUAUCGUCACCCAAGACGCGCAGCACGCCAUAGCAUCCGGGUCCAACCACAUGCUCUCUCAAAACUGGGAUACCAGGAUGCCCCAGAACGUCAACGACGCGGAUCUAUUCCCGAGCUCAAUGGAGCCUGUCCAGGCACGCGAGGGACCCACCGAGAUGGCUUUCUGCGUCUUGAUGUACAUGUUCGUGAAAUUCGCGCAGCUGUCAAACACAGCCAUGGAAAACGCCCUUAUCGGAAUGCGCAUCCAGAAUCGGACGGAGCCCACAGCAGCCCAACAACAGGCUAUAAGCGAAUUCAAGGCUCUUAUUGACAAGCUCGAAAGGGACAUGGUAGAUUUCGAGCAGAAGAAGGUCGACCUGAAGGCGGGCGGUGUCUAUGUCGCUGCUAUGACUGUCCGCCCAAUGGUCAUUCGCAAGCUGAAAGCCAUCAUGACGCCGAUGCGAGAGCAGCCAGAGUGGGGGACCGAGAUACUCAGGCCCAAGGACAGCCUGUUCAAGGCUUUUCUCACGGCCUGUGAAGACAAAGCCGGAGCGUACGAAGCCGGGUCCGCGCAUGGCUUCGGAUGGUAUUACAUGCAGUACUUCCAAGUCGAAGGCUUCGGCGUCAUGGCGGCUCAGCUGGCACAGCGUCCAACCGGCCGCCUCGCUGACCGUGGAUGGAAUGUGAUCGAGAAGGUCUACAAGUAUCAACCGGUCCUAUUCGAUAUGUCACAGAAGCCCUAUGCGGCGCAGGCUCGGAUCACCCUCAAGGCAUGGAAAGCGCGCGAACAGGCUCUGGCCCAGUCAGGCCAAUAUAUCGACCUGCCCGAGUGUGUCCGCCGCCUCAGCGAAGCCAUUCAAUAUGCUAGCGACUCGGGCUCAUCUGCGAAGGCAUCGAUAUCACCGCCGGAAGCCUCGCAGAUGCCGCAAGAGGUUACAGACAUAGACCUGCUCAUCAGUCAGAGCAUGGACAUGCCUACAAUGAGCUGGGACAUGUUGGGACCGAUGUGGAGCGACAUGGGGAUGGAUAAUGAAAAUCAGGAAUCGGCAAUGGAGUUUGAGGGUAUGGACUUUGGUGACAUGGGCCAGAUGGGCAAUAUGGGAUGA